AUGAGUUUAUCAAUAUUUUGCCGAUUGAUUGAAUAUUCUCACGCUCACAGAAAUACAGUACCAUCAGUUUUGGUUUUUUUACAUUUUUUGCAGGAUGGGAUAGUGAUAGGGAAAAGUGACUCGAAACCUCAUAUAAUAAUUAUUGUAGCCGAUGAUUUGGGAUGGAAUGACGUUAGUUUUCAUGGGUCCGAUGAAAUUCCAACCCCAAACAUUGAUGCGCUUGCUUACAAUGGUGUAAUCCUGAAUAAUCACUACACCGGUCCCGUAUGUACACCAAGCAGAGCAGCUCUGUUAUCUGGAAAAUAUCCAAUUCACCUAGGAAUGCAACAUCUGCCGAUGCAAGCAACAGAACCCAGAGGUCUCCCAAUUACUGAAAAAUUGCUACCUCAGUAUUUGAAGGAAGGUGGGUACGCCACCCACAUGGUUGGAAAAUGGCACUUGGGUUUCUAUAAAAAAGAAUACACACCCACAUUUCGAGGUUUUGAUACACAUUUUGGAUUUUGGAAUGGGCAUCAGGAUUAUUACAGCUACGAAUUCGAGUCCCACGAUGGUUAUCGUGGUUACGAUAUGAGAAGUAAUAUGUUAGUUUCAUACGAAGCUAAAAAUCUGUACUCCACAGAUCUUUACACAGACGAGACAGUUCGAUUGAUUGACACACACGAUAAAAGUACUCCAAUGUUCAUAUAUCUCGCACAUGCCGCUGUACACAGUGCAAAUGGAUACGAUCCCUUCCAGGCGCCAGAUCAAGAAAUAGCGCAAUUCUGGUAUAUCAGUGAUCCAGAAAGACGUAAAUAUGCUGCAAUGGUCUCAAAAUUGGAUCAGAGUGUGGGCGAAGUUGUAGCAGCCCUUCGUCGACGAGAAAUGCUGCAGAACAGUAUUAUUCUAUUCCUUUCAGAUAAUGGCGCCCCUACUGUUGGUUUUUACCAUAAUGCUGGAAGUAAUUAUCCUUUACGUGGGAUCAAAGCGACAGUUUGGGAAGGAGCAGUACACUGUGCCGCAGCAAUUUGGAGUCCUUCAAUAAAUCAAGCUCAGAGAGUAAGUGAUCAACUCAUCCAUAUGUCAGACUGGCUCCCCACAUUACUAUCUGCAGCGGGCAUUGAUACCGCACUGCCAAAACUCGAUGGUUUCAACAUGUGGCCAGUGAUAGCCGACAACAAAGAAAACCCACGUACUGAAGUUCUUAUCAACAUCGAUGAAAAAUUUAAUUACUCAGUAAUAAGAAGUGGUGAUUAUAAAUAUCUUAUCGGGAAUCCCGGACGUGCCAGCGGUUGGUACGGAAAUUCAAGUGCAUCAGAGGAUAUUAUAGUCGAUUAUGAUUCAGAGGAUGUCUUGAGGUCCAAAACUGGGGCUGCUAUAACUGGAUUGAUAACAGAGAUGCAGAUUUCAAAUUCAAGCAAUCACGCCAAACUUUUGACGUCCAGUAAAAUCAAACAUCUCAGAUCUGGAGCAAUUCUCCAUUGUCAUGUAGAAGAGAACCGAAAGGUUGCUUGUAAUCCACUCGUGGCCCCCUGUCUCUUCAACCUUAAGAAGGACCCCUGUGAGAUGAUAAAUAUCAUAGGGAAACACCCCGAAAUUGCUCAAAUGUUGGAGCAAUUGCUCAAGGAGCAUAAAGGCACUACACUUCCAGCUGCUAAUAUACCUCGGGACAAUAAUGGAGAUCCAGCUAAGUGGAACAAUCUCUGGGUUAAUUGGAAGGAUUCGCAGCCUGUUGCUUGUAAUCCACUCGUGGCCCCCUGUCUCUUCAACCUUAAGAAGGACCCCUGUGAGAUGAUAAAUAUCAUAGGGAAACACCCCGAAAUUGCUCAAAUGUUGGAGCAAUUGCUCAAGGAGCAUAAAGGCACUACACUUCCAGCUGCUAAUAUACCUCGGGACAAUAAUGGAGAUCCAGCUAAGUGGAACAAUCUCUGGUUCGGUCUGGGUACGAUUUCUGGGGAAAAUGAAGCUGAAAACAAGUCCUCGAAAAACACCUCCAGACAGAGGCCAUUAAAUGGUUUAAAGAAUACGCCCCGGCAAGCAAGCAGACGAUUCCGGGAUACAGUCAAAGUACCAGCGUUGGAGAUUGCUGAUAACGGGCACUACAGGUACAUCACGGAGUACCCCUCGAUUCCAAUCCAUUCAGGGAGCUCUCUACCGUCCGAACUGUACGGGGAACAAAUGCCACCUCAGCCGAGAUACCAAUACCAACAAAAUCGGUCGUACAGUCAGCCAUAUAAUCAGUCAAAUACCCCGACACCAUCGUCAAGCUACGGUCACCGAAACUAUUCCGGACAGAGAAGAAAUCAGGAUCCUUUACGAGAUCUAGUCACCGCUCUCCUCAAUGAAUAUCUGCCAUCCAACCGGAACAGGCAAGGCAACGGGUACAGACAAACACCACCUCGACCACCGGGGCCACCUCCAUCUAUACCAGGAUACACAGCUCAUCCUGGUGACCCCCCUUCGCGCAGCUUCAACUCCGUCAUCGCCUACGGUCAAACUCCGAACGACGAGGAUGAAUCUGACUAUGAGGAACCAACGGGAACUGCGGAAAACCCAACCACGGAUCAGAUUCUAGCCCUCGCUAACAUCCUGGCAGCCAACCAACGUCCUCAUGCAGCCCCAUUCAAACCUAAACAGAACCUUUCUGAUAUGGACGAGAUCAAAAGUAUGUUGCAGCAGACCACAGCCUCACUCCAACAGCUUGUGAUAAGUUUGAAUAACCUGCAGACUCAGAAUCGUCCAUCGUCAGACUCCAGACCACUCUCUAGGCCUCUCUCAAGUGAACGAGAAGGGAGAAAUACCCUGUGGAGUCCUACGAGAACUCAGCAGAACAGAGCCAGCUCAUCCACAGAUGGAACCAUUCCAAAGGAGACUUUAAACGAGAUUGUUGCUCGCCAAUUGAGUGCGAUGACGAGCGGCCAAAACUAG